UAAGUUCCAAAUAAAGUGGCGUUUAAACAUAUUUAUCAUUCAAUUAUGCCGAAUAUCGGUAUCCUAAUUAAAUAAAUAUUUCAUGGAAACAUGUGUUUUAUUUAAAAACUUGAAAAUGCUAUCACGUUAAGAUUACCAGCAGUUUCUGUUUACUGAUUGGUUAUAAGUAAGGCAUCGGCCAAUCAGGACGAAGAUUUUGCUAAAUGGGUGCUGCAAAAAGUUACAGUACCAUAACCGAGGUGUCGCCAAUGGUAAAAGCACUGGGAUUUUAUAGACUUGUGCUAAUGGCAGCCUUGACAAAUACAUGAUGGCCGUUGCCACCGAAUAGUGUAACGCGUACAUGGAACUGUCGUGUGCCAGAAAAGUUUAUUAUUUUAAGUAGAAUUUUUCCUCUCGUGUACUUUAUAUAUGUUGUUUUUGUUUGCAAAGGAACGAAACGUUGUGCGCAGAACUAAAAUCAUGCGAAAAGAAGUGUGAAAAAACGAAAAAUCGCAGGAAGAAAACACGGGUGGCAAAACCGCGUUCGCGGAGGAUAUGAAUUGAGCGUAGGAUUCGAAAAGCCAUAAGUGUAGUGUACGUGACACUUUUGAAUAAGACUAAAAUGUGAACCAGUUUUGAGCUGUACUUAUAGAUUAAAUGCAAAAUAUUAUGAUACUAGUGCUUUAAACGUUAACAAUUUGGUAAAUAAUGUUUACCAAAUAUUACUUGGAGUUGGGAUAAUACGAAAUACGUAUUGUUUAUGAAGUGAAAGCUAGGAUUGUUUUACAUGCACAAUUUCUAAUGUAAUGUCAUGGAAGAAUGUAGUACAUUUGUGUUUAUACAUGGAUGCAAUCUUGCAACAAAUGUAUUUUAAAGAUAAAUCGGAAUAUUUUCAAAAUGCUAUUGUGCAACUAUUCUUUAAUGGAUAAUGUAGUUCGAAAGAGAACUACUUGUUGUGUGCAACAAAUUAAUAUCCAAACAUGGUUAGCACUAAAGCAUGAUAUUAAAAACAAAUGCAAACAAUUGAUAUAAACGUAAAUAUUUUGGAGAGAUAAGAAAGUGCUGCCUAAAUAACUGGUAAAACACGAAGUUACAUGCAUGACAGGAAUAGGAGACGUAGGUCGCAGACGCGUUGAGUGGCGCCGUAGCGCAAAUGCAACUUUUUCUUGUCACUGAGCUAGAAUAAUCAGUGGAGCAUACAGUAGCAAGCAUAGAUAAGCUGAAAAGGUGGCUAGACGCUGCCCAGAGUAAAGAGGGGCUGCGUGGGCAUGCAGCAGCCUCAGUCACGCCCUCUUCUCGGGGACUCAGUAUCCUCUACAACUUCCCCGACUGCUCGGCGUAACAAUCCUGUUGCUGUUUUGACACAUCAACAAUUACAACAAUUACAACAACUGCAGGCUCAAAAUUCGAGUGGUCAAUCUCUGACAUUUGCUUUGCAACAAACAUCAAAUAAUCCGCAAGACCAAGGAAAUGGGUCGACGACUGGAAAUCACAUAGUAUAUGUAAACCAGUUAAACCAUUUAAAUCAGGGUACCAUAAAUCCCUCGGGGACUGGUAUGGGCCUACCCCCGGCCACCCCCACUUUUGGGGUGGGCCUUAAUAUGGGAUUGCCACUAUCACUUUUAAAUACCAGCCUUACAUCCCUCACAUCUAAUGUUAUCACUACGUCAAAUCCUCUGCUCAAUUUGGGCCUGCCAAGUAUAAAUACAGGACUAACUACAAUAAAUCCUAGCCUCAAUCACUUGAAUGCUAUAAACUCCAAUUUAACCUCGAAUAUUGGUUCAAACAGUAUUAAUAACGGUUUAUCUGGUUUGGGACAGGAUCUAAAUAAUAUAAAUACUGGAAUUAAUAGACUCAAUACGUUAAAUUCAACGAAUAUAAAUUCUGGAUUGUCCGGUGUUAAUACUGGAAUUACGAAUGUAAAUCCAAAUUUAACAAGUUUAAACUCAAAUGUAAACCAGAAUCUAACCAGUUUAAGCACAAACUUUACUUCCCCAAGUUCUGGUGUGUCUGGUUUAACUGCUAUCAAUCCAAAUAUAAAUGCAAAUUUGAACAGUACCAGUAUAAAUUCUGGUGUAAAUCAGGGUCUCAAUCGACCUGUUAAUGCUUUAACAACUGGAUUGACUCAAACUAGUCUGAAUUCCAACAGUACGCAAUUUCCAUUCCAAGCCAUACAAAGUAUACAAAGUAUUGCACCACACAUUGUUGGAUCAAAUAUUGCACAUGUACCAAGUUCUGCCAUAUCGCAGCACCCAAAUUCAAACGUUUCUACUAUAUCACAAAUAUCGAAUACUGGUACUUUGACGAGUUCCAGUAUAUUCACGAGCACUUCCAGUGAACCAAUUCAUUCAACCACAGCAAAUGUGAACCACGCUUCAAACGUGAACCUCACUACAAAUAUUCCACAUCUUGGUACAAUGCACUCGAGUUUAUCUAAUGUACAAACAUCGAAUGUGCAGCAUAUAUCUGCAUCAAACGAGCCGAACAUGUCACUGAGUCAUAAUUCUUCUUUAAGUUCCUCUCAAUCAACUGGAUUUCAACCUCAGCGACAGUAUUCACAGGGAAUUAACCCUGGGUUAAGUUCAUCGGUAACAUUAACGGGCUCGUCUCAGCCAUCAAAUGUGGUCAGUACGAUAAAUACUGUAAAAUCUAUGCAAAACAUUCAGAGUCAAAAUAUUAGCUCUCCGAGCAGUCCAUUUUCAAUACCACUGAAGAGUCCAGCAUCUAAUAUUGCACCACCCACGCCAAGCCCAAGUCCUAACAGGCUAUUACUUAGAAGUCCAGCAUCAAAUUCAAUACAGUCGAACAGAAAUAGUCCAAGUCCUGUUGGGACAUCAACUUCAAACAAUAAUUUUAAUAUACAAAUGCAAAGUCCAAUGCAGAGUCCAAUGAGUGUUAGUCAAAUACAAAGUCCUGUACUUAGUCCAUAUCCUCCUGCAAAAAGUCCUCAUCUAUUAAGUGGAAAUAACUCUCUAAACAACAGAAGUCCAGCACCUGGUGGAAGUCCUGGUCCACCUGUGGUUAGACCUAAUACACCAAUACUUCAACAAGGUAUGCAAGUAUUGCAAAUAAUUCAUGGUACACCACAGGGGUAUCAAUCGACGCCAACACAGUUGGUAACUAGAACGCAUCUCUUUGGAAAUCAACAAAUUCAAAUAGCAACAAGUAAACCUGCAAAGCAACCACCGCAAAUUCUACCAAAACCUCCUAAUCAACAAGCCACUGGCUCGCAACAAAAACAACAGCGUGCUACUACCACGAUUACAAAUCAAGUGUCUCAACAAACUCAACCACAGUUAGUUCUUGCUGGACCUCAACCAAAUCCAACAACAGCUACAAUGAUACCAACAGCCCAAGGUCUCCUUCUAAACCAGGUUUUACCGUCAACUGGACCCGUUAUUGUACAGCAGCAACCAGGUGGGGUUCAACUUAUACUAAGAACGCCAGCGAGCGCCCAGCAACAAACACAUACUGCACAGCUAACACAACAACAAUUAGUUAGAGUUGUCACGGCACAAGGUAUGCAGUUACAGGGUAUCACUCCUACGUUUUUUGCUGUGCCUAAUGGUUUUCCUUCAGCUGCCUCUCCAGUGAUUAGACAUACUCCAUCUAGUCCUGCACCUUCUGGAAAUUCAGGGUCUGGCAAUUCUAUAGUGAUUCAAAAUGCAAUGGUACAAAGUCCUCAACCACAGAUUUCACAAGUAGGUUCAGGUACUAAUGCUGGCACUACUCCGUGUACCCAAGCUGUCGUAGAACAGACUUUAUUGCCUCCACCUAAGAAGAAAGCGAAGAAAAAAAAGAAGGCGAAACGGAAAGACGACGAACCACCGAAAUUAGAUCUUGCUAGUAUAAUGAAGAUAUCAGGAAUCGGAGACGAUGAUGAUAUUUUUGAUACUGAUCUUACAACUGAAUCGGACGUUCCUUGUCAAGUUCAAGUUGAAUCAAGUUCAGGACAAAAUCUCGGACAAUUUUCGUCCCAAGUAACUAUACCUACCAGUUCUGCUCAGAAUCUGAUACAAGUACCUGCACCGAAUACAACGAAUACACAAACUUCUGUGUCUCAAACAUUGAAUAGUCAACUUGUUGCCCAACUUCAAAUGCCCGUGCAGAACACGAUACAGGGGCAAUUGCGAUUCGCUCUUGGGGAGGAUGGAAGAGUUGUCCUACACCGUACUCCUGAUCCAAAUCAACCUGAAAUAGACCAGGCUACCGCUCAAGCAUUGAUACGAUCGUUGACGCAAGGCGGUGGACAAAAUUCACCGAUUAUCUCUCAUCUUCUUGGGCAGGCGCAAACUACAACACAAUCUACGCAAAGUACUGUAUUACACAGGCAGAAAUUUGUUAAAUCGCCUUUAUCAUCAUCCAGUGUUUCAACAGUUACUACUACUGCAAGUCCUGCAGGCCCUCAAAGUGUUACUUGUGCUACUAGUCCGCAACAUGUGCAAGUAUGCUCAAAAUCAAGUAAUCAGCAGAAAAGUGUAAAUGUUCCUCAAGAAUCCAAUCCUGUGUUAAACGUUUGUGUCCAAAGUAAUCUUGGAUCGUUACAAACAUUAGACAUGCAAGCAUCGAAAAAUAUUAAUGUACAAAAUCUCAUACCAGCAUCAAAAACUAUCCAAUCACCUAAUUCUAAUCUUGCGCAACCAAACAGUAACGUUCUAACGACAUCCGAUGUUUUAGCAACAAAACCUUCGUGUACCACGUUUAGUGUGCAAAGUUCUCGAUUGUCUAAUGCAAACCAAGCAACUAGUAAUCAACAAAAUUCUAAUGUUUCUACACAAAAAUCUAGUCAAGUACGACUUACGAAUGCUUGUGUAACUACUAAUGUGCGACAAAAUCUAAGUAAAAUAUCACAAAGUGGUGCUCACGUACAAAAACCGUUGCCAAAUAGUUUAGCUGUACAAAACGAACACAACUUGACGAAAAAUAAUCAGAAUCUUCAGCAGGGAAAUCAGCAGGAUUCUGUAACAUUGCAACAAGAAACACCAAUGUAUCAGCAUAAUCAACAUCAACAAAUAACCGCGCAGACUGUGCAAACGCAAAACGUCCAACAUGUAUUCGAGCAAAAUCUUCAAGCUUCUGGGCCAAAUGUUCAACAUAAUUCUGUAAACAUGAUGCAGCAACAAAGUUCUUGCAAUACUAUGCAACACGAUGCUAUGAAUGUGUUACAACAUUCUAGUAUACAACAGAAUAUUAAUGUUUUACAACAAAAUGCAGCUGGUAAUGUACAAAACAUCGAGCAAAAUUUGCAGUCUGGUAUUGGCGAUAUAUCUCACGCUCAACAGAAUGUUAUUACAAGUUUGCAACAACAAAAUACGUCUGGUAUUUUGCAUAAUACAAGUGUACAACAAAAUGUAAACGUACAACAACAGAAAGUUGUUGCAGCAAAUACGUUUUCUUCUGUUAACGCGCACCAUUUCGAGACUCAAAAUACGGCUAAUGCUAUACAGCAAGGAAUAAAUACACAGCAAAAUAGUCAACAUCAAAAUAUCGUCAUCGCGAAUGCUCCACCUUCUAACACUAUGCAGCAAAAUGAAUCUCAAAAAGUAGAAUCCCAAAAUACAACAAUGCUUAAUUCGGCAGCAAAUAACAUGUUAAACAAUGCGCCAAAAAUUACACCAGAAAUUUUGAAUGCAUUGAGUAAUUUGAAUCCAAACGACCAACUGUUAAUAGCGAAUGCAAACGGACAAAUGCAAGUUAUAAGUCAACAGCUAUUGCAACAGUUUUUAGCAGGACAAUUAAAUACAACUAAUCAGGCGCAGAAUCAAAACCAAACUCAAAAAAUAGUGAUUGGCGAGCCGGAUGCGAACAAUCAGAAUUUACAGGGUGUACAAAUUAAUACCCCGACGAGUCAAAUAAUUGUAAAUAGUUCUGGUGGUGCUCCUACGAUUCAAAAUAAUAUACAAAAUAUUGUAGUGCAAGCUGCGCCUUCUCAAAUGCCGCAACACAUCCAGAUUCAAAAUUCCGGUUUCCCUAGUCAAUUUAUUGACAAUCUAAAUCAACAGCAAAUUAGAAAUUUAGGUACCAAUCAACCAAAGAAGGCAAAAAUUGUUAAAAGGACGAAAACUAUAGUCACUACGCAAAGUAGUGGAAAUGCCCAGGUAACGAAAACUGUAACGGUUUCCCGCCCGACUAUGAUAUCAACGAAUACAACCAGCCUUCAAAAGGUUGAUAAUUCUAGUAAAGCAAAUGCUGUGGUAUCUCAGAGUACAAAUCCAAUUAAGAGUGAAUCGACUCAAAUUGUCACAAACGGUCCUGUACUUCCAUCUUCUCCUGGAAGUCAUUUGUCAGUUCCUUCAAAUGGUCAGAUGGUUCAAAGAGUACAGACCAUUCAACUUCCUGCUCAAAAACAGCAAUUACUAAAAAAUAUUCAGUCUCAAAUACAAGCUAUACUAACUCGUAAAUCGGGUUCGCAACCGGAUCAAACUGUUUUGACAAAAUUAUAUCAAGAACAAACGAAAAUUUUAGCAAGUGGAAAGAUCGUCAGUACACAUUCCGUUAGUAGUGGCUCAGAAACAAAUUUCAAUGUAAAUGCAGUUACAUCAAUAGCAUCGAACUUAAUUUCUCAAAAUUCUUACAAAAAUCAAACAUCAGCUGUACAAACUCAAACGCAAGCAUCUACUGCUGUAGUAACUUCACAAAAUGUGAAUCCAAGUACGCCAACAACGGUGCAAAGUUCCGCACCUAGCAGUUAUAUAAAUAGUCUUACAGCAUCGCAAAAUGUGCAAGGACAGCAAUGCGUACAAAAUAAUCAGAAUGUGCAUCAAGCGCACACAAAGCAGCACAAGAUUUAUCAAAAUCAUGGAAAUCAGAUAUUGAGUCCGUCCUCUGCCAAUAUGCAAAUUUUCUCACCGCCGAAUACCUCUGUAGCCACCUUGCAGGGCAACGCACAACAAUUAACUUCAGUCCAAACACAGCAAACAGGAAUGCAGCAAUCGACGCAAUGUCAAACAGACCCACUAGAUAUCAAACCAAACAUACAAUUGUCAAGUCCUGUGAAACAAGAACUUUCUUCGCCUAUUCAAGUACAAGUUCAAACUGGCUCUCCUGCAGGACAGGUAGCCUCACCUAGAAUGAUCGGCAAAGGGUCACAAAGGAUUCAGAGUCCUGUAAAUACCAGUGGCAAUUCGAACAAACAGAUUGUCAGUCCUGGCAGUAAUUCGAGUCCUUUAGUAAGUCCAAGACAAGGUGUCAAGAGACCUGCAUCUAGCCCAAUUUGCAGACAAAUUAAUCGUAGUGACUUAUUAGAACAACAGUUAAAAAUUGAUCAAAACGGUGCGAUAAAUCCGGAUGUGAAUACACCAUUUUUGAGCAAACGUGACGCUUGUAAACGUCUUGUAAGGUAUCAUUGUUUAAAUGAACAAGUACUUAAUUCGAAGGAUUUGACAAAAGCUGACGAGAUAUUCGAAGAAACAGCAAAGCAUUUAUUAACGAAAUUCAACUCUAUGAUGAACAAGUACACAUACCUUCUUCUGAUGGAAAGUAUGAGAGAAGUGAGGACAUCAGAAUUGAUGAUGAUCGAUAGGAUGUUUGUUUCUGAAGAACAAAGUAUAUUAAAUAGGUUACGAGAACAAGAGGCUAAGGUUAAUGAAGAGUUUAAAAAAGAAGAGAAGCCAUUGGUGCCAAAGGUUGAACCUGGUCUUUCAGAAGAAGACAAAUUAUCACCACCGUUAACUAAUGUAUCUGUAAAACGUGAAUUAGAAGACGACUUCCCAAGCGACGAAAUGGAAUGUAAACCAGUGAUCAAGUCAGCAAGUUGUACUAGUGGUGAUUAUGACGAGUGGGUAGAAAUUCAAAAGGAACUUGGUGUAUAUCCAUCUACCACAGACUCGUUUAAAUGUAAAAAUAGUAAUAAUAGUGGUAGUAAUAGUGCGUGUGCUGUGGCUGUUACAAGGUCGUCAAAAACUGAAAGAACAAGAGCGAACGGUGAAUGUCGUGCGAAUGUACCAAGUGCGAGUGUUUCUGGAGUUCAAACCAACACAGUUGUAAAAGACAAUUGCGAACAAGAUAAUACUCCACUUUACGAAAGACGUUGGUGUAGCGCUACAGAUCUCGAACGGGAUUUGUUAGAGGAUACCGACAGCCUAGAUGGACUGGCCUUACAUUCUCAAACACAAUGUCCAGGCUCUCUUCACAUAACUAAUGAAAGUGGAAACGGUAAUGAACACGAUGAUAUUACCGCACAGGUACAAUCUGCUAUCGAUAGCAUUCUUAAUCUUAAAAAACGUCCUACAAACACAUUACCUGGCAGUAGUGGUAACAGUGCAUCACAGUCCAGUGAACCGAAGGACUCAGUGCUUGACCAAGCAGUCCGCAGCAUUUUAGGCUCGUGACCCUCCUUUAAUAAAGUAUGUUAAACAAGUGAAGUUAAUGGUGAACAUCAAGCUAGUUGUUCGUUUUGAAAAUUUUAAAAGGACUAUACAUUCUUUUUGGUGAUUUUUGUGGUUAAUGUGAAUAAUAUAAAAAACUAUGUUUGACAUUAAGAAUGCGACAUUGUUUUUGGUAAUGCAUAUCUAAAAUCACACAGAUUGUUGCUAAAUUAUUUGUACAAAUGCAGCCCUGAUUUUUUCAUUUAUAUAUAAAUUAAAACAGACUAACUGGAUUAUGUAAUUUUACAUAUUUUUCCAAAAUUCAACAAAAUUUGUUUUCUGCAAUGGCAAUAACUAUUCAUAAUAUAAAAAGAAACAUGUAUACUUUCCAGUAGUCUAGCUGUAAUAAAGCCAUCGCGUUUACCUAAUUCUAGCAGCUGUACAUGUGGAUAGAUAGACGGAUAGAUCAAUAGAUAGUUAGUUAGAUAAAUAAAUAGAUAACUUGCUCAGAUUUUUCAAUCUGCCACUUUGUAAUGUAAUUUUGUAAAAAGUAAUUAUUUAAAUCAACUUAUUCCACUUUGUCUGUAGUACUUGUAGAGAAAUCUUACGGAUACUUAAAACUGGGUCGGUAAAUUGUACAUACGUUUUUAAUGUGUAUUAUUAAUAUUAUUAUUGCUAUUAUUUGUAUUAUUGUUAUUGAGAUUUACUCUCAGAAUUAUUAUUGUAUUAUUAAUAUUAUUAUUAUAUUAUAAUUAUUACUACUAUUAUUGUCAACGAUACCAUCGUCUCAAACGAUGAGGAUGUAUGGUAUAAAGAGAAAGUAGUGGUUUAAGAGACUGAAAUGGAAGACAAUGAAAAACAUAGAAGGCAAAUGAUAUAUAAGGUGAAAAGGGAACACAAAACCUCUAUAUUAAUUUGAAUUCAUUUCUAUUUAAUGUAUAUGCAGUCUUAAAUGUUAAAAUGCAAAAUCAAACAGGCAAACAUUUUUCAAGUAGAUAUAGUAUUUUACAACUUUUUUGUCGUUACAUAAAAACACAAUAGAUCUGGGUAAAUGUUGAGUACAUGUGUAGAGAGCACAUGCGUGGAAAAAGGGUAAUCCCACAUUGGUAACAUUUUAAGCAAACGAUAGAUAACCGGUGAGUAAGACUUAGAAAGCAGAUCUUUCUAUAUGUGCCUUUUUAUUUUUUACAUAGUUGAUGACUAAUAUAUCUUGUAUGUACACCUGACUCGUAACUUUGAUUCACUCGAUGAUAACAUGUCAAAUAAUAAAUGCAGGUUUUUUAAACGGUAAAAUUACACAUACAGAACUGUGGUCUGAGUUAAUCGUUUUCUAAAUGUCUCGUGAAUUACAAGAAUAAUUGUUCAUCACCAACAGUGCUUUUGCAAGAAAAAUUUAGUUAUGUGGCUGUAUUUUUGCAUCCUUUUCCCACAUAAAUUCAUGAUAGCUCUCUAUACACAGAGGCAAUGAAAUGUUUUUGGCAAAAGCAAUCCAAGACUGACGUAUAUACAGAGAAUCAAGCAAAAAACUAUGUAAUGUAUUACAAUAAGAAAUAAUCAUUUGUACAUAAUAUUCAAUUACACUCUCGACGGCAAUCGUGACUUAAUGAAUUCUUCAAAGAUUUUAAAAUUUGGAUAUGCUAAAGUUCUUUUGAUCCUAAUAAAUUGCCGAUAUUUCACGA